ACGAUUACAUAAUUCAGAGGAGUAAAUUGCUCUGAAAACAGCGAAACUAGGACUAAAGUUGUAAAAAUGGACCGUUGGGUUGGUCGCGUUGCGCUGGUUACCGGAAUGUCUUCUGGCAUCGGGCGGGCUAUUGCCAAGUCGCUUGUAUGUCAUGGAAUGAAAGUUGUGGGCUGUUCAAGGAAUAUGAAUCGGAUGAAGGAGCUUGUCGACAGUUUGGACUGUGAGAAGGGGUCACUGACGCCCAUUAUGUGUGACGUCAGCAAGGAAGGGCAGAUUCAAGCCAUGUUCGAACAGAUCCGGUCACAACUCGGGGGUGUCGAUGUUUGUGUGAACAACGCGGGCCUUAGCCAUGACGCCCCUCUGUUGACUGGUGCCACUGAACAGUGCAGAAAUAUGAUGGAGGUCCAUGAAGUUAGCAUCAACCCAACGGAGCAGCCGUAAUAUUCGGCGCUCUGUUAAAAGUUUUGACUAUGUGUUCAUAGUUCAACUCCAUUGGGACUACUACCAAAACUCAUCAUAAGAUUGUCUCAAUGAGACUGGGAAUUACAGUUUCUUUAAACUCAUGUCCCUUAAAGCAUUUGAAUACACUGAGGGAACACCCCAUAAUGUUACCUAUGGGUGCGGGCAGACCUUUAUAAACUCAAAAAAUAUUUAUACUUUGCUCAGUCAUUGUGUCUAUUUUUGUUUUGCAAAUGUUAUCAACUUUAUAUAAAAAAAUAUGUAUCCUUCCCUAGUCAUAUAUUCGGUGCCAUAUUUGAAGUCUCGACAAUGUUUACAUAUUUCGACGAGGUUAACUCAAGUGGGACUAUUCCUCAAGCUUCAAAAUGUAUUACAGUCACUUUUAUCUCAUGUCACUUUUGGCAUUUCGCGAGGGUAAAUACACUGAGGAGACGAACCUCAUAAUGCUAUUUAUGGGCGUUAGAAGAUCUUAAUAAACUCCAAAAUAACGUUUAUAUUUGGCCAAGUCACUGUGUCAUUUUAAUUGUAUAGACCUGACAAACGAAGUUCGAAGGGGGUAUAUUGGAAUCACUCUGUGGUCGGUCGGUCGGUCGGUCCGUUGGAAUUUUUCUUGUCCGCAUGGUAACUUGAAAACUACUGGAUGGAAUUUAACCAAAUUUCAUACAUUGAUAGAACAAAAUGAGAUGAAGUGCUAUGUACAAUAACCAUAACUCUGUUUGAGCUUAUUACAUGCAUCUAACUUAUUUAGAACAAUUUAUAAGUUAUUAGUAUAAUGCAAAACAGUUUAGUGUAUGCCUUUCCGUGAUUUUAUAGAGAAUUAUCAGUGCAAUAAAAUUGAUAUUUCACUAUUUCAAACAGUGUUAUGUUUACCGUUUCGAAAUUUAAGUCCCCUUUCAAUUAACUCACGCACAAAAUUAAACGUCAGCGUGCACAGAGCUGGGACACAAUUUAAAAACGUCAUUUCAGGUUACUUUCGCUCGUAGAAUAUGGCUUUUGGUGCUACCUCGGUGAAAUAUCUUGCGAUUGGGCGGUGAAAAAAAUGAGUCUAUUUGUUAACUAUACAGCCAUUUGGUAUUUUGAAAUAGAUUCCAAAAGCUGGAACCCUUCUCUAAAUGUUGAUAUUUGCUUAAAUAUCGUUUUUGAAGACCACAGUUUUCAUAAUAACGCUAAUGACCACUGAAUUACGACUUUGUUGUUGUGUGAUUGGUUGAUUGACAUUAUCACGUGAUGUUAUCAAUAUAUUAUUAAAAUGUCAGAAUAUC